AUGAAGCGUUUUUUUGGUAGAACUGGCCAAACAACUGAUGAUAAUAGUUCUACAAAACCAAAAGAAGCGAUAGUUAAUGCACCGAAUAUUACCUGGAGUCACACAUGGUCAUUUAAUGAAUCACGUGAUGCCUUAUCAGAAUCAUUUUUUGCUAAUAUUCCUAAUGAAAUUCUAUUGCGCUUAUUUCAACUAUUUUCUGUACGCGAUUUGUGUAGUAUUUCAUCGGUUUGUCGAUUGUUCAAAAUGAUCGCCGAUCAAGAUGAAAUCUGGAAAUUCAAAUACGAUAGUAAGACUAUCGAACUGUCGGUGAAUAUUGAUCCUAUAGCUCAUGAACUAGUACAACUACUUGAAAAAGCAUCAAAAUUUCAAGAGCAAUGGCAGCAAGCUCCUAUUUUAAAACAAAUGAUAACAAGAUACUAUCGUUUUAUGCGAUUGAAAGCAUCUCAUCCAACAAAUAUUCUAUUGAUUCCUACUAUGGAUAUUGAAAUUGUCUGGCAGACUCAUUUACUUCGGCCUGAAAUGUAUCAAGCUGAUUGUCUUCGUUUGUUUCGUCGCAUAAUUGAUCAUUCAUUACUAAUCACUAAUAUUCAGAAAAUGUUGAAAGACCAGGCAUUUCAAGAUACUUGCCAACUAUAUGAAAAAACAUAUGGCGAACAAUACUGUUCAUUAUCACCAGAUAAUGAUAAACAAGAAAGUGUAUCAAAUAUGAAUCGCCGCUCUAAGCUGACCUAUGCUUAUUGGGAUAACACACAAUGCAAAUUUUCAACGCAACCACCGAAGGAUUACGAGAAUCGUUUUUCAUUUACUGAAUCUGAUAUUAUUCUAGAUAUGAGUUGGCUUGAUUCAUGCAAACAGUUUAUGCGUAACGCCCUGGAAAAAAUUUCUGGUGAAGCUUAUGAUCCUGAUGAAUGUUUUGAUAUUGAUCUUGGUGAAGGGGCAAUGGAAAGAUUAAAAAAAUCGUACGAACGAUUUUUAUAUAUGGCAGCCAAAUAUCCACUAGAGAAAAGCAAUGGUUUCGUGCCUCCUACUUAUGCGAUUGACAUUAUUUGGCACUCUCAUAUGCAAGAACCAUUGAAUUAUAGAGCUGAUUGCAUUCGUUUUGUUGGAUAUGUUGUCAAUCAUGCGCCAUGGCCGAUGAUUGAAGACGAUAUCAUGAAAAAAACAAGUGAUCGAUCAGACGAUAUGUGGAAAAAAGAAUUUCAACCGGAUAUCGAAACUGAUCAUCUCUAUAAUACCAUUGAUUGUGACGCUACUAGGGGGAAACAGCGGACUUCAGGACUUCAAGGUUUGAAAGACUUCGAAAGACUUCUAGAGACUUUAACAAGCGAGACUUCAGUAGACUUCGAUAGACCUCAAAAGAUUUCAGAUGACUUCUAG